AUGAUCAAAAAAAAAUGGAUAGAUAACGAAGAGAGUAGGUUUGAGUACAAGUUUAAAAAUAUUUUGUCUAAAAUUUUUACUCCUACGCAAACUGAAUUAUUAUUAAGACUUAAAAAAGUGUAUAAAUGGUCUCCCGAAGAUAUUGCUUCAGCUAUCACAAUUAGAAGUGUAUCCCCUAAGGCAUACAGAUAUUUAAGAGAGAAGAAAAACUUUCCUUUGCCAGGCAUGUCUACUUUGAGAAAUUGGGCUUCAACAUUUUCAAUUGAACCAGGUUUAUUGAAAAAUGUUAUGAUUUUGUUGAAAGCCAAAGGAGAUACCAUGUCAGUGAAUGAAAAAUUAACAAUGAUUUCAUUUGACGAAACAUAUGUUUCAAAUAAAAUCUGUUAUGAUAAAAAAUCUGAACAGAUUUAUGGUCCAGCUAAAUGUGUACAAGCAGUUGUUCUGAGGGGACUAGUAGGAAGUUGGAAGCAGCCAAUAUAUUUUGACUUUGACACUCCGAUGUCAAAAGAAUUAUUGUUACACAUUAUAAGUGAGGUACAUAAUAUUGGUUUUAAAGUUGUAGCUAUGGUCAGUGAUAUGGGGCCUAGUAAUAUGGGCCUAUGGCGGGAUUUGGGGAUAUGUACUGAAAAUACAUGGUUUAAGCAUCCAGUAGAGGGAACAAAAGUACAUGUUUUUGCUGAUGUUCCACAUCUCUUUAAAUUGGCCCGAAACCAUUUUCUUGACAAUUCAGUAGGGUUUGUUUUGUCAGAUGGAAAAUUGAUCGGGAAAAAUAUUCUCAAAGAAAUAUUGAGGAUAAAUAAAGACCAAGACUUUCAAGUAGCUUAUAAACUAUCCGAAAAACAUAUUAAUGUCCAAGGUACAGCUCGAAUGAAUGUGAAACUUGCUGCUCAUGUUUUUUCAAAUAGCGUUUCUAAAGCCAUACUUUUCUGUGGAGAAAAAAACUUAAUUAAUGAUUGUAAUUGGAAAGAGGCUUCAGAAGUGAUACAACUAAUAAAUGACUGGUUUGAUUUAAUGAACACUCAGCAGAAGUAUGAUAACCAUGUUGCAAGUUAUGGCUUAAAUGAAAAUGAACAAAAUGAAUUGCUCUCUAAAAUGAACAAUUUCAUACUUCAAAUGAGAGUUUAUGGUAAAAAUGUACUUCUGCCUUUUCAAAAAGGUAUAAUCGUUACCAAUAAGUCGGUUCAAAAUCUACUUGAAGACUUAAAAGAUUUUGGAUUAUCAUACAUUAUGACAAGGAAGUUAAAUCAAGACAUGGUUGAAAAUUUAUUUAGCUACUUAAAAGGAAUGGCCGGAUCAGCUAUGAAUAAUAUUUCGCCUAUAGAUUUUAAAUAUUGGUAA